AUGGCUUUACGAAUUGGCUGUCACGAUAUGGCCAGCACUACGAGAUGUAGUUCGGGAUUUGUCGAAAGCGGAGGGGUUAUAAUUGCACCGCUGAGUUCAGGAGUAUCUCAAAUACAAUUUCAGGUUGGUUAUUUGUGCCAAGAUAUGAGCCGAACUGAGUUGGAAUGGAGUAAGGCGAACGCAUCCCAGGCUGACUAUGAGCAUAUGUAUUUGUUCUGUUUGCAUGGUAAAAGUCGUCAUUUGGCCAUUUGGAAAUAUAUGGAUCUUGUUGAAAGUAACGCAAAUUUAAAUAAAUUCGCGAAACGAAGACUACUCGAUGGUGAAUCAUAUAUACUUCCAAGCGAAGGUGUUCGCGCACUCAAACAAAAAUGUCUCGUUUCAUCUUUGUGA